UUAGUGUUUUUUGCGUAUGCUAGAAUUUAAGCCUGAAACAACAUGAUUCCUUUUAUGCGACACACUUUCCCUUUUAGUUCGUCCCAGAAGAAACGACCCCUUAGAGUCGCGCAACCAUAAAUUUCAGAAGUCUUUUUUUUUUUCUUAAACUUUGUGUCGAAUAAACGUUGCCACAUAAACUGGGAAAGAGAAGUAUCAUACAUCAAUGCCUUACAUCCUCUUACAACCAAUAUGAUAUGAAACAUCCAACAAAACUCUUGUAUUCCCUAACAUCAGAAUCCAUAUAUGGAGAAGUUUUACUAUUGGUAUGCAAAUAUUCCAGCACUUUUGGUUUUAACAUUCCUAACAGUUUGGUUGAGUUCAGUCAGGGCAUUUACAAACAUAAACACAGAUGAAUCUGCACUUAUUGCUUUUAGAUCACAUAUAACUUCAGAUCCUGAUCAUCUCUUGACCAAAAACUGGACGCGGUCCAGUAACAGAUCAUCGAUCUGUUACUGGAUCGGCAUCCUUUGUAGUAGUGACGAUGACUAUCAUAGAGUGAUGUCUUUAAACGUAUCAGGAUUCAGACUCUCAGGCACAAUUGCUCCUGAAAUAGGAAACCUGACAUUCCUCACAUCGUUAGAUAUCAGUAACAACAACUUCAGUGGCUUGAUGCCUAGUGAGUUAGGUCAUUUACGACGCUUACAAGAGAUAAACGUAGGAAUUAACAGUCUAAACGGAGACAUUCCAACCUGGUUUGGAAAGUUACCAAAGCUCGAGAACAUUUUUAUGAACGAAAACAAGUUCAGUGGUGCUAUUCCAUCGGUUUUAGGCAACAUCACAAAGCUGAAGAGAUUGGUACUUGCGUACAAUACGUUACAUGGAAACAUCCCAAAAGAGAUAGGAAAUCUUACCAUGUUAGUAGAAGUUGACUGGAAAUAUAACAUGCUUACAGGAUCUAUACCGUCUGAAAUGUUCAACAUAUCCUCCUUGCAAUUCAUCGAUAUCACUGGUAAUAGUUUGACAGGUGAACUACCACCGGAUAUCUGCAAUGAUCAUCGUCUUGUUAAGCUUCAAGGGAUAUUUUUAUCGUUGAAUCAGCUUCAUGGACGAAUCCCAUCAAAGUUUCAUCUUUGCCAGGAACUCCAGGAUUUGUCCUUGUCUUUCAAUCAAUUCAAUGGAAAAAUCCCAGAUGAAAUUGGGUACAUAACCAAGCUCAAGACACUAUAUCUCGGGGUAAACAAUUUGAUAGGUGGAAUUCCUGAAAGUUUGAGUAACCUUACAUAUUUGGAGAUGCUAAGCUUAAAAGGUAGUACCCUGACAGGUCAAAUUCCACAUUCACUCUUCAACAUGUCCAACUUAAAGCAACUCGAUCUCGGGAACAACAGCCUGUCGGGAAGCAUGCCAUCCUCGAGCAGUCGAUGUAAUCUUCCUCUCCUUGAAGGGCUCUUUCUCAACGCAAAUCAGAUAACCGGUGAAAUCCCCGCAAACAUAUUCAGAUGCAAACGGCUUCAAGUCCUACAACUAACAGGCAAUAUGCUUAAAGGCAGCAUUUCAGAAGAUAUUCGGAACCUUACUUUCCUUCAGUAUCUGACUUUAGGGGACAACAACUUUACAGGGAAAUUACCAGCUGAGAUAGGGAGCAUAAAUCUGAAGCAUCUUUCCGUCCACGGAAAUCACUUGUCAGGUGUCAUUCCAUCGAAAGUAUUCAACAUAUCGACUUUGCAGAGUCUGGACCUAAAUAGGAACUGGCUGACUGGAACUCUGUCGUCACGCUUGGGACUUCAGUUACCAAAUCUGGAACAGCUUUAUUUAGGUGAGAAUAAGCUUACAGGAUCAAUUCCGAGCUCUAUCUCUAAUGCGUCACAGCUUGCUAUUAUAUACCUGUCCAGCAACUCGUUCACUGGCACGAUACCCAACCUUGGCAAUUUAAGACUUUUGAAGAGGCUAUUACUAGGAGGGAAUAACCUUACAGGAGAAACAUCGAAAGGAGAAUUGAAAUUCUUGUCCUCGUUAACUAAUUGUCGACAUUUGGAAUACAUAGAAGUGUCUUUAAAUCAGUUAAAAGGUGUUCUUCCAACUUCAUUAGGGAAUCUCUCUGCUAGCCUUCAAUUGUUUAAAGCAUUUGGAUGCAAAAUCCGGGGGACUAUACCUGUCGGAAUUGGAAACUUGACAAGCUUGACCGGUAUAUAUUUGGAUAGCAAUGAGUUGACUGGAGCUAUCCCUAACACAAUUGGAAAGUUAAGAAAUCUCGAACGCAUAUAUCUGGAAUACAAUAGGCUGGAGGGACAUAUCCCGAGUGAUAUUUGCCAGUUAAGUAAGCUAGGAGACAUCUACGCAAGUGAUAACAUGAUCCGUGGAGCCAUACCAGCUUGUUUUGGUGAAAUGAAAUCACUACAGAGAGUUUACUUGGAUUCGAACAAUUUGACAUCUACCUUACCGUUGAACUUUUGGAACCUGAAUGGCCUCGUAGGUUUAAACUUAUCCACGAACUCUUUGAAGGGCUAUUUACCAUCGGAGAUCUCUAAUCUGAAGGCUGCAACAGAUGUGGACUUAUCAUGGAAUCAAUUUUCAGGAAAAAUCCCAAGCUCAAUAGGCAGUGCUCAAUCAAUAGUUUACCUUUCUUUGGCACACAAUGAAUUGGGAGGUCGUAUUCCUGAAUCAUUGAGCAACUUGAUAAGCUUAGAGACAUUAGAUCUGUCGUCUAACAUAUUGUCAGGAAGGAUUCCCAAGUCUCUCGAGGCAAUGAGGUAUCUCCGACACUUCAAUGUCUCCGUGAAUGAAUUGGAAGGAGAAAUUCCAUCAGGUGGAUGUUUUGCGAACUUCAGCGCUGAAUCUUUUAGGAAAAAUCACGAGCUGUGUGGAGUACCUCGGCUGCAAGUUCCACCCUGCAGGACAAAACAUUCCAACUCGAAAAGUGUUUCAUCUUUGAUUAAAUAUGUCUUGCCUCCUCUCUUGUCGAUAAUUCUCAUAGUGAUCAUUAUACUUAUAGUGAUAAGGAAACGGAACCAAUAUGUAAAGAUGAAAACGGAGGAAUCACAACGUGCUGCAAUUCUUUCACCUAUUGCAUUCUUGAGAAAUGUUACAUAUCUUGAACUUGUGCGAGCAACAAAUUCAUUUUCUGAAGCCAAUCUACUAGGAAAGGGAAGUUUCGGUUCAGUUUAUCGAGGAGAACUUGAUGAUGGAACAGAUGUAGCAGUAAAAGUUUUUAACUCACUAUCAGAAGGAGCAACCAAGAGUUUCUACGCUGAAUGCAAGAUAUUGAGCAGCAUUCGUCAUCGGAACCUUACAAAAAUCCUCAGCUGUUGUAGUACUGCAGAAGUCAAAGCCAUUGUAUUAGAUUACAUGCCAAAUGAGAAUCUAGAUAGGUGGUUGUAUUCCCAAGAUCGUCGUUUAAGUAUGCUUCAGAGAUUGAACAUAGCAAUAGAUAUUGCCUCAGCUUUAGAGUAUCUUCAUUGUGGUCUAACAACACCGAUUGUACACUGUGACCUGAAGCCGAACAACAUCCUAUUAGAUAAAGAUAUGACUGCACAUCUUUGCGAUUUUGGAAUCGCAAAGAUUUUUGAGCAAGACAUGCAUAUGGCUCAAACCAAGACAUUGGCCACCAUUGGAUAUAUGGCACCAGAAUAUGGAACUCAUGGGAUAGUUUCAACAAGUGGAGAUAUCUACAGCUAUGGCAUUAUAUUGUUGGAAAUGUUUACGGGGAAAAAACCGACUGAUGAUAUGUUCGGGGAAGCAAUGAACUUGAAAUGUUACAUGAGCGAAAGCUUACGUAGAAAAUCCUUAAUGGAAGUCCUGGAUUGUGAUGUGAAGAGAGAUUUAGAGCAGUUUUCUGAAGUAGUAGUACAACAGUUUGUGUCAUCUGUGUUUUGUUUGGCAUUGGAAUGUUUGAAAGAUUGUCCUGAAGACAGAAUGAGCAUAAAUGAUAUUGUGGAUGGUCUUAGAAAAGCUAAAAUUGAAUAUUUAGCUAUUAGAGGAAAGGUAGAAAAGGUGGUGUAGAUUUUCUGAUUUUGAACAAAGUUGUAAAUAUUUUGUUUUGUGAAACUACUACAACAAUGUAGGCAGUAUUUCGAUAAACAGUUGAUGAUAGUUCAGUUGUAUAGAUUUUCUGAUUGCAAACAAAGUUGUAAAUAUUUUGUUU